AUGAAUCAAUUGCCUAAAGAAUUUGGCGCUGAUUUGAUGUCUCUGGUGGACAGUCCUAACUCAUGGUUUCACUCGCAGUUCACGGGAUAUAUAAUGAGACCACAACCAAGACUUCAGAGAUUUCUUAAUAAAUUUAAGAAACAAAUUAAUUACAGACACCCUAUUGUAGGCAUUCAAGUGCGACGGACUGAUAAAGUCAGUGAUCGUGAGGCCCUGUAUUAUCCUAUUUGUGAUUAUAUGGUUUCAGUGAAAGACUAUUUCGAUAAACUAGAGCUCACACGACAAGUAUCUAAGAGAUUGGUUUAUGUGGCUUCCGAUGACCCGUCAGUUUUGCCUCAAUUUGCAAAACAGUAUCCAAACUAUGAGUUCAUAGGAAGCACUUCCAUCUCGAAGACAGCAUUCAGUCAAACCACGAGAUAUUCAAAUGAAUCCCUUUGGGGAGUACUCGCGGAUAUAUUCCUGUUAUCGGAAACCGAUUAUAUUGUUUGUACCUUCAGUUCAGCCAUAUGCCGACUUUCCUAUGAAUUAAUGCGAUACAAGCAAUUGGACGCCUCAUUGCAAUACCGAUCCCUAGACGUGCCCUUUCAUUAUGACUUCGCAUUGACUCCCAUCCGGACUGCUGUUUACAACCAUCGGUCAAAAACUAGUGAUGAGUGGGACCUAAGAAUUGGUGAUCACUUGCAUGAGAGACUCAAUGAGAACCGUCCAGGGUGGUCUGAAUGGUUUGAUCAAUCAAUUAACGGCAGGGGUUGGGACUCCUAUUUCUAUGCCUCCAAUUCAUCGACACAAAAGUUUUACAAAUUAUACCCUGUUUAUAAAGUUUUCGAUGAUAUUGAGUUAGUUUAGAUUUAAUACAUAUUUUAUAUAAGAUACUCAACGGAG